AUGUUUUGUAUCGUUCGACAAAAUCCUAUCACUCACUUUCAUGAAGUGUUGAAUGGACAACAUUAUUUUCCAAUUGGAAAACAAUCUUGUUUAAUUCACUGUUCGAUAUAUCCGUUUCUAGAUUAUCUCGAUAUUUCAUUUGAAAUGUCGUCAACAUCAGCGUCAGUGUCAACAGCAGCAAUCGUACCAUCUUCAGUUUCAUCGUCAAAUACAGGUCAACAAUUGAUAUCAUCACCAUCAACACAACCAAGAGUUUGUCGUUGUCCUUAUCAAGAACUAUGCCAUCUUGAAUCGAUAUGGACUGAUACGAAUUUGAAUGGGAUCCAGUACAGUGAACAACAUCAAACAACAGUACAAACUGCACAAUCAGCUAAUCAAUUACAACAUUUACAUGUCAAUAGUGAUAAUAAUCCUAUAGAAAGAGCCGUUGCGAUAAAUAAUGUUUCACCACAUCCGUUAUGGGUGCAUCAUGAAAUGUUAGCUGAAAAUGGAUUAAUCGAUCGAUUCAAAGAGGUAAUCAAUGACUUUAUACAACGUCCUGGUCGUCAAUAUGCAUAUGAUGUGAACAUGCGUUGGAGUAUUGAACAUUGCAAUGAAAUAAGAUUUAGUGUUGCUAUUUCGAUUAAGGAACCUACUGAUAUAGUUGCACAAUCAAGACAUGCUACGGUUUCGCUUCAAAAUCAUACAAGUAAUCAUCAUCAUCAGGCUGUUAAUGUUUGUGAAGAAUCGCUUAAUGAUGUUCUACGAAUUGAAUUACACGAGGCAGUACGCGAUUGA